CCAAAGGGAACUGCUCUUUAAAAUCGAGUAUAAAUGGGAAUCGGUUUGUAAUUUUCAUCGAAAGUUUUUAAAACAAUGUUUCAAUAUAAAAAUUGAGUUAAUGUUUUUUACAUUAUUCUGAACAGCUACACUAAAGGUAUUUGUGCCAACGAUAAAGUUGCCUAAGUCAAUACAAACUCAUUUCAUGAAAACAGUGAUAGGUGUGGGUUUUACAUUAUUGUUAACAUUUUUAUUAAAAUAAUUCUUAAUUGACUUACCAUAAAGUAAAUAGGCGAUGUUGUGUAGUGGUCUCUUAAUUAGGAGUAUUUUUGUUUUCACUUAAUUUUUGUGUUUAAAAUGUAGCGAACAUUCACUAAUAGGUAACUCGUUACUUUCCACGGCAUACCAACGAGUUGUUAAUUUACGGUUAAUCUAUAAAUAAGCUUGUACUUUUUUAUCACAAUGUUUGCAUACCGUUUGAUCCGUACUAACAUUAAAAAACACUGAAUCGCGGUAAUAGUGCAAAAGUUAAUUUUAUACAAAUACUGAACUCGAAGUUUACUGAAUAUUUUUGGAAUUGCACAAACAAAAUUAAUUUUGACAACCUACGUACAUAUGUAUUUUGAGUACCGCUGUAUUAAUACUUCUGCCGAUUGGUUGCCGGGAAACCAAAAUCAAAAAUAAAUAAAUGAGAAUCAGUCGUAAAUUUGAAGAGAUAUUUUAUAUUUUAUUUCUGUUACAAUACUUGUAUUAUAAAAAAACUUGAGAAGACUUAGUUAUUGUAAAUGGCCUUCAAUCGUCGUUUGUCUUUUAUAGCAGAAUGGUACCAAGAGGAGGCGGCAAUUAUACGGACUUUCACUAUAUGCUUUUUUCCAACUGGCAAUGCAAUCGAAGUGUAUGAUCAGCAACACAAACGGACUUUUCUCCGGCGUACUAAAAUGCCGGAACUCUCUGAACGGGAUUUUUUCAUAGGAUCAAAAAUCAACAUUUUUGGAAGGCAAUUUGAUAUCAUUGACUAUGCGGAUGACAUAACAAAGAACACACUCGACAAAUAUCGCAAAAAAACUUUUCUGCUAUUAAAAAAUAUCUGCAUUCAACAAUUAGGCCCUCUGCUCUGUGCUCUCAUAGAUUCUAAUUUUAGCAUAAACAGAGCACUAAUGGUACAAUUUACACCUGAACAAGUGAAACAAUUCUUGAGCAAUAAACGUAAUGUUGAAGCGUCAAGUAUGCUGAUGAAUCAGUUAAUCGGUGGCCCUUCAAUGGGAUUCGAAGUGAUCGCUGAUAAUGCAGUACAGAAAAUGAAAUUAUGCAAAGAACAAAAUAAAGAAUGUUCUAAUGAUAACACAGUUGCUGCUCUCGUUACCCUAUUCGAACGGGAAGAUAUUCGCAUAGGUAUUUACUGUCCACAAGAUGAAGAAGAGGCCGAGCAGGACCUUAAUUUCUUUUUUAAUCCAAAAAAUGGCUUGCAAGCCACUCUACGUUUGAAAAAUUCGACAUUAGGCAUCAUUAAACCGCAUUGUAUUAAAGAUGGUAAUUUAGGACGAAUCAUAUCAGAAAUUACCGAUAAUGGAUUCAAAAUCACUGGACUGCGUAUGAAUUUAAUGGAACGAGUAAAUUGUGAGGAAUUUUUCGAAGUUUAUCGUGGAAUAUUGCCGGAAUAUAUUCCUAUGGUGGCACAACUCGCGAGCGGCGUAAGUAUGGCAUUGGAAAUUGUUGCGGCAGAUGAAAACAAAAAUAGUUAUGAGGCGUUCAGACAGUUUUGUGGGCCAAUGGAUCCAGAAAUUGCUAAAAUGUUACGUCCACAUACCUUACGUGCGAAGUUUGGUGUCAGUAAAACCUUAAAUGCGGUUCAUUGUACUGAUUUGCCGGAUGAUACAAUUUUGGAAUUGCAGUAUAUCUUCAAAAUUUUAGAUUAGUAAAUAUUUUAUAAUCAACUUUAACAUGAAUUUGUACAAAUAAAUAAAUUAGGCCAUUUAACUAUAUCGAAUAUAUGAUAAUUACAACAUUAA